ACCCUCGGCGGAAGGAUUUCUGUGCUAAGGCAACGGCGGCUGAGCUGGGAAGGCGACUGACUGACUCGUGGAGAGAACUUUCCACUUACAGGAAGAGCAAGAUCUCGCCCGGCAGCUCCGUAGAGUAGGGAGGGGAAGGAGGAGGGAGAAGGAGUGGGAGACCUGGAAGCGGAGGAAGCCGCAGCUCAGCGGCGCCGUGGGCAUUUCCCUCUCCUUGACAGCCCUGCCGAUAGGUCGUUUUAUACACACACAAGCAGGACCUUCUCAAGCGUUCCGGACACGUCAGUAGUUCAUUCUGGGGAGGUGAGUGCCAGGCGGCGGCGGCGCUGACUCCGGGGAGCCGGGCUCCGCACCUCUGCUCCCGGAGCUGCCAACCUACUACCUGCGGACAGGGACAGCUGUCGCGCUCGGACCUCCUCCGUGGACCCCCUCUGGGUGCGCCGAGCCAUGGAUGGCGCGGAGCUGGCCGGGAAGAUCGUUUACACCUGGCUGACUCUGGUGCUCGGCUUCAUACUCCUGCCUUCGGCCUUCGGGGUGUCUUUGGGCAUCUCCGAGCUCUACAUGAAGAUCCUGGUGAAAACUUUAGAGUGGGCCACGUUACGAAUUGAAAAAGGAGUCUCAAAGGAAUCAGUUCUUAAAAACUCAGCUUCUGUUGGUAUUAUCCAAAGAGAUGAGUCACCCAUGGAAAAAGGGCUGUCUGGUCUGCGAGGAAGGGACUUUGAGCUGUCUGACGUGUUUUAUUUCUCCAAGAAGGGAUUGGAAGCCAUUGUGGAAGAUGAAGUGACCCAGAGGUUCUCCUCAGAGGAGCUAGUGUCAUGGAAUCUCCUCACAAGGACCAAUGUAAAUUUCCAAUACAUCAGUCCGAAGCUCACCAUGGUGUGGGUGCUGGGCGUCAUAGUGCGCUACUGUGUCCUACUACCUCUGAGGGUUACCUUGGCUUUCAUUGGGAUCAGUUUUUUGGUUAUAGGAACUACCCUGGUUGGACAGCUGCCAGAAAGCAGCCUCAAAAACCGGCUGAGUGAACUGGUCCACCUGACUUGCUGCAGGAUCUGUGUUCGUGCCCUCUCUGGUACCAUUCAUUAUCAUAACAAGCAGUACAGACCCCAGAAGGGAGGCAUUUGUGUUGCCAACCAUACUUCACCGAUAGAUGUUUUGAUCUUGACAACGGAUGGGUGCUAUGCUAUGGUUGGCCAGGUUCAUGGUGGAUUGAUGGGAAUUAUUCAGAGAGCUAUGGUCAAGGCUUGUCCACAUGUCUGGUUUGAACGCUCAGAAAUGAAGGACCGACACCUGGUUACUAAGAGACUAAGAGAACAUAUUGCUGAUAAGAAAAAAUUACCCAUAUUAAUCUUUCCUGAAGGAACUUGCAUCAACAAUACUUCAGUCAUGAUGUUUAAAAAGGGAAGCUUUGAAAUUGGAGGAACCAUAUAUCCAGUUGCAAUUAAGUAUAAUCCUCAGUUUGGUGAUGCAUUUUGGAACAGUAGUAAAUACAACAUGGUAAGCUACCUGCUUCGAGUGAUGACCAGCUGGGCCAUUGUCUGUGAUGUGUGGUACAUGCCCCCCAUGACCAGAGAGGAAGGAGAAGAUGCAGUCCAGUUUGCUAACCGGGUUAAGUCUGCUAUUGCCAUACAAGGAGGAUUGACUGAGCUUCCUUGGGAUGGAGGGCUGAAGAGAGCCAAGGUGAAGGACACCUUUAAGGAACAGCAGCAGAAGAAUUACAGCAAGAUGAUUGUGGGCAAUGGAUCUCUCAACUCGGAGUUAGACUGAAUGCCACCAAGGCUUUCCAGAAUGAGUCCUUAGAAAUGGAAUGUAGUGGAGUAUUGUUUGGGGGGGGAGGGCGUGUUGUUUUGUUUUACCGUUCUUGUUUUUUAUUGUUAAUCUUUUCUACCGAGUGAUUGUGUCUACCUCUUUAUGCCAGAGGCAGAACCCACGGUGCCCUUUUUGGCUUUUGUUGUUGUUAUAACAUUAGCCUCAUGAACUGUAAGGUAGUUUACUGAGUUUGAACAGAUUCUCUUCUGUAAAAUGAUUAUGUCAUUGUAGACUGAAUGAAAUAUUUGUACAGGAAAACGUGCUUCUAAAACACUGUGGGAACUCAUUGUGUUUGGAACUCGUUGAUAUGGUAAUUCUCAAGAAAAUACCCCAAACUUUGUUCAUGAUUAGCUUUCUCACGCUCUUUCCUCCCCCUCCCUUUAAUCACUGAAACAGGGGUUACACACCAGUUUGAGUUACUAUCAUGGUUUUGUUCUACUACAAGGUUGAAAAGAAAAAUGGAAGACAGUAUUUAGGAGAAAGGACAGCUUUGUGGCCACUUGAUCUGAAAGUUGAAAGGAAAUUAAAUAUUUUUUACUAGCGUGUUAGAAGAGACCUCCUGUUUGGUGAGCUUUA